AUGCACAACAAGUCACGACUACCUCCGGGACCAGACCAUCCACCAGAACAUGUCAACAAACUCAAGUUCCUCAGCACACUUCGAAAGCGCGCCCGUGAAGAAACAACCAAGAUGCACUCCCUCUACAAUGACCAGCUAGCACAAGAAGAUGACAACGAGAUACCCCUUCUGCCUUCCUUCUCCUGCGUCAGCAGUGCCCUUUGCAGACAGCGCCGCAACACAAUGCCUGCUCUCCCCAGGAAUCUCUCAGAUGUUGAUCUCCUAGGUUCCUGGACUGAGACCACUGAUGAACGGCACUUCCUCCUCCUUAGUAAUGGCGUGCACAACAAGAUCCUAGCCUUCUCUACCCUGGAACAACUACAAAUCUUGCAGGCUGCGGACAUGGUGUACAUGGAUGGCACAUUCACCUUCUGCCCAGACCUGUGGGAUCAAGUAUAUAUCUUUCAUGCUCGAGCUGGUUCUACAUCCUAUCCACUUGUCUUCACCCUGUUGCCUGAUCGUCAAGCCGCCACCUAUGCCAGACUGUUCCGACUCUUGAAGACUGAAGUGCAGCAGAGACUGAACAGACCACUUGCUGCAACCAGAAUUCAGACAGACUUCGAGCUGGCCUCAAUCCGUGCAGAAGAAGAAGAGUUUCCCCAGACCAUCAUCAAAGGGUGCUACUUCCACUACUGCCAAGCCCUGUGGAGAAAAGUGCAAGACCUAGGACUGGCAGUGCCAUACAAAGAAGACCCUCGGGUCAAACAGUUUAUCAGGAGAGCGGCUAGCCUGGCUCUACUUCCCUGA